AUGAUUUGUUGCAGUCUUUGCGACCGCUCGCAUCAGGGAAGGGUGCCUUUUCUCUGCGCUGUUGAUGCGCACAAUCGGCUUUACCCGUUCCGAGUGCAGAACGCACGAGUCCUAAUCGAGAACGAAGAGUUAGAGCGCACCGUCGCAGAGGAGGAAGCAGAAGGACCAUCCAGGAAGCCUUACCUGGACCGACUCAAGUCGGAAGUGGCUGCCGCUAAUGCUCGAACCGCCGAGAUCAUGGCGCAGUGUGAGCGCUUGAAGAGACAGACCGAGCAGACCAGGAAGGAGGUCGAGAAGAAGAAGGAUGUCCUCGCCCGGAAGAAGUCUGAUUUAUCGGCCAUGUCGACUGGAGUUGCAGCGAGGCGAAACCGCCAGCUGGAGGAAACCCAGGAGUCGAUCCGCCGUAUUCGGUUCAAAUGGGCUGCUUGUGCUGACACCAUGGCGUCGACGAGAUCGUUUCUGUGCGAGGAGGCUGCCAGACUGUUUGGACUUCGGCAGAUUCGCAAGGGUUCUUCGAAACGGUAUGAGCUCGGCGGUGUCGAGAUUAUCGACUUGCAUGCUCUAAACAGCCUCUCACCGGAGGUUAUCAACACAUCCCUGGCCAACAUCACUCAUUUGGUGAUGCUGACCUCACAUUAUCUCGCCAUUCGGCUUCCUUCACAAAUCACACUUCCACACCAAGACUACCCGCGACCGACAAUUUUAUGGCCACAGGCGUCUUAUCAAUUAGAGGAGCCACCGUUUCCGGCGGCCAUGUUAUCUGGUCAACACCAGCAGUCCGGGUUGGAGGGACCGCCGAUCGAUGUUGAGAAAACCAGAUCUUUCCCCCACCGUCCCCGUCCGCUCUGGAUCGAAAAGCCGCUGCCAGCUCUAGUCAAGGAAGACCCUCAGACGGCCGGAAUGUUUAUUGAAGCCGUCUGCUUGCUGGCCCACAAUAUCGCCUGGGCCUGUUGCACGCAAGGUCUCCCGUUUGGUUUUGAUUCGCGGGAUACCUACGAUGAGCUGUGCAACAUGGGCCACAAUCUAUAUCGGUUGUUGAUUGGCGAUAAUCUCCAUCGGCGCUCGGUUGAUCCGAACAUGUUUCCGAAAAGUCCAAGCCCCAGUGGUCAAGGUAAUGAGACGACACCGUCUGAAGAGAGUACGACGGCGAACAACAACCCGAGGUUGGUUAUAGAUCGCUGGUCUCAUGGGACUAUCCACAACUUCCUCGAGAGUUUGGAAGGGAAGGAGUGGUUGGACAGGUGCAGACUCCCCAGUCCGCACCGGAUGUCGGAUCGGUUGAAGAAGAAGUUGAUUAACGAGGCGCCGAUGUUGGAGUGGGAGAAGAUCGAGGGUGACGAGCUGGACGAUGCUUUCGAACAUGACGACGGUCGUCUUGGAGUUUUGGUUAAGCGCCGUCGUCGAAGAGAAGAGAUUGGUGAUAGAGAAGGACGGGUGAACGGUGAUUUCGGGGUUGAAUCUGUUGCGACUGUUGUUAAUGCCGGUGGCUUGUCGGGAGCCGUUGCCAGAGAAAGAGGAAUUGGUUCGAGUGGUAAUGCGGCUGGCUCAACCGACGCUGCUGCUGCUGUUGCUGGAACGAGUACUAGUAGUGCCAAUACUAGAGGGACGAGUGGCUGGACGAAGCUCAAGAGUAGAUAGAAGUUGAAGAGCUUUGUCG